AAAAGCCGCGAUUCAGAGAGAAAUCGGCUCAACUUCAGGCUCAGGAACUUGAACUUGCCCUUAAAUUUUCCAGGGAUAAAUAUAGGAGCGUGUCCCGCUGAGGCUGGCAGAAACAAAGCAGUAACUCCGUCUGCGUCUGAGAGAAACUAACGGAAACUACCGCGCCGUCUCUUUCUGGGUUCUUACCUUGUUUUAGCCGGGAGCUGCACGAGAACUUGGGCAACGUGGACGGCCACGCGGUUCGGUCCCGUUCUCUGUUCUGCCCGCUAACCGUUCUGGAUCCUCGUCCGGACCGACAGGGGCGGAGACUUCAAAAGAAACCCCAUCCGACUUCUGUUUUUGAUUACACGAUGUCAUCCAAACACACACCUGCAAGAAGAAUAGAGGGACUGGACAAAAAUGUCUGGGUGGCGUUUACCUCUGUGGCUGCUGACCCAUCCAUCGUUAACCUGGGCCAAGGCUACCCAGACAUUCCUCCACCUUCUUAUGUCAAAGAGGCUUUGGCGAAGGCUGUGGCAGUGGACCGCUUGAACCAGUACACCAGAGGAUUUGGUCACCCAUCUCUGGUGAAGGCCCUUUCUCAGGUUUAUGGGAAGGUGUACGGCCGUCACAUUGACCCCCUCAAAGAAGUCCUGGUCACAGUUGGAGGUUAUGGUUCCUUAUUUAACUCCAUCCAGGGCCUGGUCGAGGAAGGAGAUGAGGUCAUCAUAAUUGAACCUUUCUUUGAUUGCUACGUUCCUAUGGUGCGGAUGGCUGGGGCCAAGCCUGUGUUGAUCCCCUUACGGCCUAAGUCUGGAACAAAGACAGUCACGAGUGCUGACUGGUUUCUUGAUCCGGACGAGCUUUCUGAUAAAUUCACCUCCAGGACGAAAGCCAUCAUCAUCAACACUCCAAACAACCCAAUUGGGAAGGUUUUCACCAGAGACGAGCUGCAGAUGAUCGCAGACCUGUGCAUCAAACACGACACGCUGUGCUUCAGCGACGAGGUUUAUGAGUGGCUCGUCUACAAGGGACACCAGCACGUCAAGAUUGCCACUCUGCCUGGAAUGUGGGACCGGACAAUAACGAUCGGUAGUGCAGGGAAAACGUUUAGUGUUACUGGAUGGAAGCUUGGCUGGUCUAUAGGACCCGAGCACCUGAUAAAACAUCUUCAGACGGUCAUGAUGAAUAGUCUGUACACCUGUCCAACACCUUUACAGGAAGCAGUGGCACAAGGUUUCCUUGUGAACUAUGAGCUGAUGGGCCAGCCCGAGUGUUACUUCUCCUCUCUUGCUGAAGAACUUGAGGGAAAGCGGGACCGUCUAGCUGCCAUCCUGCAGGAGGUCGGCAUGACUCCCAUCAUCCCAGAGGGAGGUUACUUCAUGCUCGUGGACGUCACAUCUCUCAACCAGGACCUGACACACAUGACUGACGAUGAGGCCUAUGACUACAAGUUUGUAAAAUGGAUGAUUAAGGAAAAGAAAUUAGCUGCUAUUCCCGUCACAGCGUUUGUCGGAGAAGAAUCCCGGAAGCAGUUUGAAAAAUACAUUCGCCUUUGUUUUAUAAAGAAGGACUGCACUCUGGAAGCAGCAGGAAACAUCUUGAAAAACUGGAGAAAAGUUUAGCCUUUUGUGAAGACUGGAGCUCUGUGUCUGAGCCGGAGGAAUGGAGAUGAACAGCAGAUUAACCUGCAAAUAGAAGAUUUUAUAAAUAUUUGAUCUGUGUCCUGAGGAUCCCUCAGUAAACACAAUUAAACAAGUGAAUGAACCC